UUCUGAUGUGGGUCCAGUCCGAAUGCUGGUCGUGUUGCUUGCUGGUUUCAUGUGCCGAUGGUGGUGUUCUGUGCUGUGAAGUGCUGUGUUGGAUUACAGACCCCCCGCUGCCCCCACCGGGAUUAAUAACAAGAGGUGGGCCAUGGCUUUCUCGGGACCUGCCACGUUCCGGCUUCUACUGUUCAUCGCCGUUGGGUUCCUGGUUUCAGGAACACUGCAAGCAGCGUCAGAUGACCAGCAAGUCCCAACUGAGUCCGAGUGUCGACCUUACAUUGAGAAGGCCUUAAAGCAGCUCGGAACUUCAGAUGCGACAGAAACGACCGAAGGUGACAGCCAGGAGCUCUCUGGAGGACCGGAAGUGACGACAUCCGACGAGCAGGGCGACCGAUCUUCGACAGAAGAAGCGUCUGCAGAGACAGAGGUCGCUUCAGCUGAAGACUCGGGGAUAAACGAAGAGAAGCAGCGGUCUCCCUCAGACGUAGCAGAAACCAGCGCCGAGUCACAGGAAGUUGCCGGAGAAGAUUCGACGAGCGCCGAAGAAGCAGGGAGUCAGAGUGUUGAGGAAGGCGGUGAAGGCAUUCGUGAAGAACGAAGUGCCGAGGAAGGUGGCCCAGCAGGAGAAGCAAGCGACGAAGACACUGAAGGUGCAAAAGAAAGUUCUGCAGCUGAAGGAGAAAGUGCAGAAGAAAGUUCUGCAGCUGAAGGAGAAAGUUCCGAGGAAGGAUCAAGUGCAGAAGAAAGUUCUGUAGCUGAAGGAGAAAGUGCAGAGGAAGGAGCAAGUGCAGAAGAAAGUUCUGUAGCUGAAGGAGAAAGUGUAGAGGAAGGAGCAAGUGCAGAAGAAAGUUCUGCAGCUGAAGGUGAAAAAAGCACCGAGGAGGGAUCAGACUCCUCCCCAAGCACGGAGGACACAACUACCGGAGGCGAAGGCGUUUUAAGUCCCGAAGAAGGCCCAGUGGCUGAUGAAGGAGCUAGCGCAGAAAGUUCUGAAGAUGCCACAAGUGCCAAGGAAGGAGAAGCAACCAGCGCUGAGGAAGGUGCUUCGGGAAGUUCCGAAGAGGAAAGUGCAACUGGCGACGCUAUCGGCGUCAAAGACGCGACUGGAGGAGGAGCAGCGAGUGACGAAGAACCGUCUGCCGAGGAAACGGAAAAAGAAAGCUCUGAAGAGACAGAGAAAGGGCCACUUGCUGAACCAACCGCAGAAGAAAGCCCGAAAGCGUCACCGGGUGGCGAAGAGGUCAGUGUCGAGUCAGGCGAAGAGCAACAACUUGCUGGAGAGGCUGCUCCAAGUGCUGAGGAGGGGCAGAGCGCCGAAGGCGGUGAUUCUGCUGAAGGCGGAGAGGCGACGCCUCCAGAAUCGAUACCAGAACAAGAAGAAUUAACUCUGGAAGUGGAAAUUCCAGAAAAUCUCCGGCCACGGGACCAUGUUGCACAGAUACUGCGGCUCGAUCCGGAGUCCAUCGAGAAAGAAAUGGUUCUCGCUAAAACCGUGGACGCAACUCUCAAGGAACUGAAGAGAGUGUACGACAACGCGAUCAAGCCGUUAGAGAUACUCUUCAAAUAUCGUGAACUCAGCAACAGACACUUUGGAGACCCUGAGAUAUUUUCAAAACCACUUAUCCUCUUCAUGGGUCCCUGGAGUGGUGGUAAAUCUACGAUAAUCAACUACCUGCUCGACAAUGAAUACACACCCACAGCAUUACGCACAGGUGCCGAACCAUCUCCAGCCUACUUCAACAUCCUGAUGUGGGGAGAUCAGCUGGAGAUCCUCGAUGGCACACAACUAGCCGCUGACUGGACCUUCUCAGGACUGCAGAAGUUUGGUCAAGGAAUGCUAGACAGACUCAGGGGUCUCAGACUACCCAACCGACUUCUCGAGAAGGUAAAUAUUGUGGAAAUUCCUGGAAUUCUAGAGAUCCGUAAGCAAGUCGAACGCCUCUUUCCAUUCAAUGACGCCUGCCAAUGGUUCAUUGACCGAGCUGAUAUCAUAUUCCUCGUGUAUGACCCGUCAAAGCUGGACGUGGGACCGGAGACAGAGGCAAUACUGGACCAGCUAAAAGGCAGAGAGUACCAGACACGCAUAAUUCUCAACAAAGCUGACCAAGUGCGACCUGAGGAACUAAUGAGAGUGCAAGGCACUCUGAUCUGGAACAUCAGCCCCCUAAUGUCGAGUUCCGAGCCUCCGGUCAUGUAUUCAGCGUCGCUCUGGUCGCUGCCAUACGAGGUUGGGGCACCCACACGGCUACUGCACGCACAAGAAAGAGCCUUCUUAAGGGACCUGAGGGAUGCCAUCGAUAAGCGGGUCGAGAACAAGAUAGCCAGCGCACGACGAUUUGCUGUCCGGGUUCGCAAUCACGCAAAGAUGGUCGACUGCUACCUGACAACCUACUACAACCACAAGUCAUUCUUCGGUAACAAGAAGAAGAUCAGUGACGACAUCAUAGAGCAUCCCCAGGACUACCAUAUUUAUGAAGGCCUCAGUACUCUAACUAACAUCUCGCGUUAUGACCUGCCCGAUCCAGACGUCUACAAGGAUUUCUUCAGGCUGAAUCCUCUAUAUGAUUUCCAACUGCUUUCAUCAACGUGCACCUACUUCAGGGGAUGUCCCAUCAACCGACUAGAUAUUUCCAUAGCUUACGAUCUGCCAGAACUUGUGGGAAAAUACAAGAAAUCAGUCGAUGCUGCGCUGGCCCAUAUCCAACCGAAAAGUUGAGUCAUGGGAGUACACUCAAACACUCAGAUCCUGUAACCCUCUCAAAAGAUGAAAGUGAAACACUGCAACAUUACACCUCGUGCGUGUGGGAGUUAUUCUGAUGAAAGACUGGGCUUGAAGUAGUCGAAUUACACGUCGGACACAAAAAUCUCUACGUGAUAUUAAAACCAUUUGGAUGCUCAUUAUGUUUGGGGAACACAAUCAUAUCUUUAAAGCUCUACUUCCAAAGCCCACGUAUAAGAAAUUAGAGAAAAAGAAGGGUUCAAUCUAUUGUCUCCUCCAAAAUACAUAGAAAUUUAAACAACGUACCUGACCACAAAUACUAAAUCUAAAGUAACAAUUUUACAGUUCUAUAAAUUGAACCCUUCGUGAGAAGAGAAAUGAGGGAAGACCUACAGUAUGACAGCAAAAAUAGGUGUACAUUCUACGUUAAGGACUCGUACUGAGCAUAAUGCAUCAAUUCGUGAAGACUGAGUCUGUAUCAAGCUAUUACAAUGUGAUAAUGUAUUUAUUACCUCUGUGAUUCGCAUACACACUUUUCACUUUCAGAAUACUUUCAAAGUGAUGAAGAGCUUGGAGUUGUCCUUGUGUAAACACUGUUAGAAAGUACACCUAUAUUUGGAACUUAGAACAAAGUAAGCCUUAAAAAAUAUCUACAGGUGACCAGUAUUCUAAAGCGACUUGUCUAAUGAAAGUUUCCGCAGCCUCUGUAAGUGUUUCGCAAGAAAGCCAAGUAGAAAAAUGAGAAUGAGAACAGAUGAAAAGUGAUACAACAAUUUGCUUUCCAGUAAAGUGAUCAAAGUUGGCAAAACCGUGGUGUUUAACAGAUCUGCCGAAGUCGCUCUCGGUUUAUGCGCGCGCCGCUCGAACUCCAGAGUGGGUUGCUCACCUUCAGACUUCAAACCUUCCCACAACGACCACAAAAUCUCACCAGCCACUGCAGCACAUGCUUUAAAGUUAAACAGAGCCGUUUCGUACAACAGGAGAAGACGUGAGUUCUGCAAAAACCUUAUUUCCCUUAAACCACUACAGACCCCUUUCCAAAAUGACCUCAUACAUUCUGAUUAAAGACAUUAUACACCGAUUAAAAUACAUUUUGACGCUCCAAAGUAAAAAUUGUGACCAAAAAAGCUAGAAACUUACAGCAAUACAACACCAAAAAAAUAAACAAAUAAAAGAGUAGAGUCCACUAGACUCACAGACCCCUUGGGCACAAAUUCUGCACCCCCACAGGUUCAGAGACUCCUGUCUGAAAAACACUUCCCUUAAAUAACGACUCCUAACUUAAACAACCCAAAUCUAGUAAACAUGAGAGUAAUCAGCGAAUAAGACGAUGGCCGAGAAUUUCAAGAUGAUAGAGUGACAUCGAAGUUCUGACGGUGAGCGACGAGUAUAACCAGCUGCAUUUUCCAAAGGAGAACAGCCACAUUCAUUUACCUACAUGUUCAACCCCAUAAUAAAUAUUGCGGGUGAGCGAAUUCUUCACCCAGCCAAACAUGAAGCAAAACAAUUAGAACAUUGUAUUUUAUAUGUCACUGAAACAUAAUAGUUGUAGAGGAAUGCAGUUACAUUUAGAAUGUGUUCAUCACAUGCAUAUUCCUUUGCCUGUCCAAAAAUAUGCCUACUGAAGCUAUUUCAAGUGAGGCAAACAUUUAGAUUAUCACCUGAAAGACUGGCAAAUGGACUCAUGUAAAUUUUAUCCAUAAGCUUGGAUGUGUUUGUUGAAAUAAAUGGAAACGUGUUCAUCGUUAUCGACACAGCCGACAACCAAUCUCACACACACA